AUGGCGCCAAUAGGCAUUCGACAGAGCCACUCACUUGGACCGGGCAUUCCUCGUCCUCCAAAUCGACCACCAAAUACCCCAGUUGAGGUGCACGAGUCAAUCGACCCGAAGGUAUUCGUCGAACUGAUGGCCGGAACGGUCGGCAUAUUUAUACUUGCGGUGUUGUUCUGGAAGCUUGGCCAGUUUAUCAGACGAUUCAAUCAAGACAAGGUGCUGAGAGCAGGCAAAUCUCCCAAGACCCGGUAUGCGCGGACGUGGUAUGGCUGGGUGUCCCGCCCAACGCACGAGCGAAACAAACGAGUCAUUCGCGAUUUCUUUCAUUGGAUACAGAGAAUGACCGCAUGGAAGUCCACAAGGACAAAUUAUAGCUGGGUCUGGUGGGAUCCUGGUGGCAAAGAGAAACAAAGGCGCCGUCGCGAGCUGAAAGGACUUUGGUGGUUACCGCAUUGGUUGAAGAGUUAUGAUGAUUUGCCUUCAGCUGAUGAGAUUUGGGAUCCUUGUUCACGGCCUCAGUGCCACGGGGCAUUGAUCGAUUCCACUUCGCACCGUUCUGUCGGGCCGACUGAAUCUUUGGAAAGGCAACGAGAGCAAGGUGACUUGCAGUCAAUUCCACAGCUACAUGUGGUGGGCAACGGUCAACUGACUAUCACUCGUUCGAUCACGGAAGAAUUAUUCAGGAACCCUCGGGGGUUUGGUGGCGCUUCUCAUCACCGUCCAACGUUCAGUUUUCAUGAGACCAGACCGAAACCGACUACCCGAGCAUCAAUUUCAUUUAAUUACGUCCGAUCACUACCCUCGCGACAUUAUCGGUUUCACGAGCGCCGGGGAGAGAUUCCUUGGUCACAAGGUGAAGGAUUUGCAGCCAUCUCAUGCCAAGUUGAGUCCAUUGUACACCACAUAAAUAUGCAGUACGAGGCUGGUGGCUCAAGCGAUUCCUCGAUUCUGAACGAGCCAUAUCAACCUCAUCAGGACAGGCAUCCAAGAGGACACCGCGAUUGGGCAGCACGGAUGCAGAUAGGGUCCAAAGCUGCAGCCUUGGACAACUUUCGUGAUUCAUCUGGUCCUCCUGGGACGCCGAUGACUGAGUUGUUGACCAGCUAUAUUUCCGAACACAGCUCGUCUCUUCGUAUUCGCCCGAAAAAACGAAAGUCAGGCCUGGGGCAUCCACAGAUUUCCGAAGAUCAAAUGUCAUUCACUUCGAGGAUAGUAAUGGAUGACCAUUUUCUCUCCUUGACUGAGAAACAGACAUGUACAAGGUCUAUUCAAUGGAACUCUGCACCUACUAGAAGCUGCCAUCCCGGAAAGGAUGGACAGCCGACCAGAGGCAAACUUCAUGAUGAAUGGCUAUCAGCUUGUAACCCAAACCACCCUUCAUUUAGACAAGUGCGUCGUCACACAAAUUCCAAAGGGAAAGGUCGACGAACCCGACACUCGACAGACCACAUCCGGCUGGAAUCAUCAAGAGGGCCUGCCGACGAAUUGAGUGACUGGGAGGUCAGAUUGAUGGAGAAACUAGACCGAAAACUGGUAUGGGUCUUCAAUGAAUUCAGCCCUGGGCAGAAACCGUACCACUUUGCAAUGCUUGCCAACCACUGGUUAAACAGAGAAACCUGGAUCGUGUACGAUCCUAUAUCAAGAGUCAACAAUGAUGCACGCCGGGAGUGGGGAGACCCUCGCUUCAACGUUCCAUACCCGAACCCAAUUCUGAGUCCUCGACCUAAGUACCCCAGGAUCAUUAAGAAACGAGCACAUACCCCUCGGAUCGAGUCCUGGCGUGCGGCGGUCAACAGGCAGCGGAAGGUGUCCGGCAUUCGAGAUGCUAUUCGCACUGUUGAACUUUUUGAAGCGUCGGCGGAGGAACCGCCCGAUGGUCAUAUUGAUACAGCUUGUUGGGCUUUGCCAAAACCCCCUCAAGGUUUUGAAAUGUCCACUGCACAGAAAAAUGCUUGGUACGAGGGAGGUGCAGGAUGGCAGGAGAAGCUUGAAGAUUGGCAGCAAGUUCGCUGGGGAUAUCGUCUUCGCAAGGGCAUCUAUGAAGGCCGUGUCAAUCGGGGUAAAGUGAGAGAGGUGGCGGCGCAAGUCAGCAAAUACUAUCGCGGUGCAUCGGGCAAGUUGAUGCCCAGAUACCAUUCCAGCAAACGAAGAGCUUCAAACCGUCAAGUCGCAUAA